AUAGUCUUCCUUUGUAUAUUUUACGGCACUGUUUUCAUCAUGGCAAUUGUUGGUAAUACUUGGGUCAUAAGAAACUGUUACAAGACAAUCAGGAAGAAAAAAUAUCACACUUUUACGUGGUUUGUGGCAAAUUUAGCUUGUGCGGAUCUCGUAUUCAUAUUUCUUACAAUUUUCAACAUCAUUGGCUUUUUCUGGAAGUGGGUAGGCGGUGACAAUACUUGUAAACUUCAGGGAUUUGUCAUCGAGGCAACCUACACAACUUCCAUCAGUACCCUUGUAGUAAUUAGUUAUCAGAGACUAAGGGCCGUGGCCGACCCGUUCGACUUCAAUGCAAGAAAUAAGGACAUGUCACAGAAAAUAUACGCAACAUUGGCACUAAUCUGGAUCUUGUGCUUCGCUGUUUGUUCACCUUUGAUCUUCAUCUACCGCGUGGAAACACUCGAAAACGGAGACGUUGUUUGCGUUAAUACAUCAUGGGGAAAUAAAGGACGACAAAUAUACUAUUGUUUACAUGGAGCUUUCUUCUUUGUUCUCCCGUUGUUAUAUAUGAUAGUCACACAAACCCUGAUUUACCGCGUCCUUCGAGAUAGAGCAAUGCCAAGACACAGCUAUUCCCGCGAAGAGUCAAAUCAAAAACACAAGAAAGUUGCCAAAACUCUUGCAGCUUUAACUAUAGCUUUUGUUAUUUGCUGGUCUCCAUUUAUGAUCACAAGAACACUAAUUUACUUCCAUUUGGCGUCACCUGAUGUUGCUUGGAGAGCAUCUCAACUUCUAAUAUGCGUCAACCCUGCUUUGGAUCCCUUGUUAUACGGCUACUAUGGAGGAAAUCUCAAAACUGUAUUACGAAGAGUUCUGAGGUGCCAUUUAUCACGGCAACGGGAACAUGAUGUUACUAGCAUGACUGUGAUUCAAGCAAACACACCAAACACAUCGAGCAAUCAAAGUCUAGAUCAGUACUGUGAACGUUCAACAUGAAAGCCUGCCGGCAGCCUUUUUGUCUAAAAUGUUAGGCGCCUCUUACGUUCCACACCGCCCCCGCCCAACGCGGCCUGGCGUCUCUCUCGUCUGGCAACCCAGUGUUGGGGGGUUGGCGCGAGGAGAAGGUAGCUGGCAUUUCAGGCCCUAGUUGUUCAACGUUGGAUAGGGCCUGGGAUAGGGCUAUCCACGGGAUAAAUCACUAUUUCAGUGGAUAAGAAAUAGGAAAACCAAUUGCGCUAUCCAGUGGAUAGUGAUUUAUGCGAUGGAUAGCGCUAUCCAACGUUUGAACAAUCGAGGCUAGCAAGCUCUCCAACUGGGUUAGAUGUUAGGCGUUAGCGUCACGCCCACCGCGGCUGGCUUCACUCGCCACUUGACAUGGAGAGCUUGCUCGCAGUCUAUGAAAAUGGUAUGUACUACAUACAUUGAACACAUUUUUUAUUUAGUUUAGAAAAUACUUAUAGCGAAGUCAAUACAUAUUUGUGGGGUCGUGUAACUAUCUUCCUGGUGUUAAUAAAAAAUGAAUUAAUAAAACGUGAAGGAAAAUAGAGUACUAUACGGUAGUACGCGGCAUGCAAACUGUUCAGAUUAGGAUAUUGCAAGUUAAGAAAUGAUUAAGAUGCAGAAUGGAAACGGAAAACAAUUCAUACUCCGGCCUAUUAAAAUGUUCGCGUUUAAAGUGAUAACCUGUAAAAGUUGUCUUAUUUUUACUGUAAUUUGGUUAACUGUCCUUUCAACUUUGCAUAACUUUCAAUUUUUUGUUUUUUUAAUCUAAAGAAAAUUAAUAGUUGUUAACUACAUUCUCUUUUAAACAAACAAAGGAGUGAUAUGACGCUCUUUAAGAGUGUUAAUUACCUCAGACGACUACAACGCAACAGGGAUCAUGAGGCGGAAAUUAAAAUGGAGUUGACAGAUGUUGAAGGUAAAUCGUGGAUUGUUAAAACUCAACUAUAAAAUCAAGCAUUUUCUUCUGGAGGUAUUAUUUCUUAACAAAAGCCUUUUGUUUUGAGACAAUACUUAAGGGCUCAUCUCAGCUUAGAAAAGAUGACUUCUUGAAUUCGGUCCCAGGCUGAAAACUCUCUUGUCAAGAGAUACUUGUUCUCACAAAAGAGUAACUCAACCAACUGUUUGAUAGGGAAACUGAUCAUGAAACACUUCUUCAAGGCCUGAAAUUCAACACAAUUGUUUACUGGUAGAGGCAACUGACCGAUAGAGUAACCAUAUUCAUCGUCGAUGCAUUUUUACUGCAAGUUCGAUUCUGUUAAUCCUGCUUCUACUUUUGAUUGUAUAUUGCAUAAUUUGUAAAUAACUUUAUUUAUUUAUUUAUUUUUUAAUCAUAAUUGAUGUACUUUAACAAUGAAGAGCCACCCAGUGGAUCUGUUAAUAAACUAUUAUUAAACCAUUAUUAUUACUAUUAUUAUCUGCCGAGUCUAAAAGAGAAACACUAGGAAGCUUAAGUAACAAUGCCUAGGACGACGGCAACGAUAACCUCAUAAGAACAAUUGUUUUUAUUUAUUUGGCAAAACAACAGCAUUGCACGUGCAUCACGCUUUUUGGUACAUUUCUUAGACGUCAACCACAAGACCCCGACGUGAAAUUUGCUAUUGCGACGUAAAACUGAAUGUUUCGCUUUCUUUUCGAACUUGGAUGGAGUCAUCCUCGGAGACCCAGGGGCACUGAGUCGGGUCGGGAGAAAAGGCGGGACGGAAGUUUUUUGUAUUAUUGUGCCCAAUCGGCGAACAGUUUCUCCUAAGUUCUUUUCGUGAGUUCGUACACAACGGCUAUUGUCCUGCGACACUCGCCCGGUUCGUUCACCAAGCUUGUGCGAGCAAGGGAAACUUUUUUUUCUACUUUCCUAACCAGAAACUGAAGGAACUACCGAUGAGUCGAAAAAACGUUUGGGAUGCUAUCAGCAGGAGCAAUUCCAUUUGCCCCGAGAAUAUUCUGUUUUUGACUCAUCACAAAUGUAUCGUAAAUAAUACAAGGAAAAUAAAGAUGCGGCGGCGACGACGAGAAAGGUAAAUAAGGAAUAGCUUGACAAGGCAAAACAACAACUUUGCACGUGCAUCACACUUUUUUGUACAUUUCGUUGCCGUCAACUGCACGACUACCCGUGAAAAUGCCUAAUUUCAUGUUUUGUGAAGGACGUAAACAAGCAAUGACAAAAUUCAUUCUCUUCAUGAACUUGGAUAUGUUGAUAGAAAUUCAGCUCCAGAAGAGUUCGCUUGCCUUGACAAAGUAAGCGAGUUGGAAUAAUCACGAUAAAAACUGAAAAAAUGUGAAUUCCCUUUUCCAUGCGACGCUCUCGUGGUUGUCAGUCGUCGUAGUAUCUUUUAAAAAUUCCCUAAUAUUUCCGCAAGACGUGACCGAUGCAAGCGUGAAUACCUGUUGUAAGCUCAAGCUUGUAUUUUUGGAAAAGCGUCUUUAGUCUUCGGGCAGACAGUAUUUUGAAAUAAGAUGGGGAUUUUAUAUCAAACUGAAAGUUUCCUGACUGCUUGCAUUUCUUUGGUGCACGAGCCAGACAAGCCGUGAUCGAAACAAAAGCUGUCGUGUACGAACUCACGAAAAGAACUCAGGAGAAACUGUUCGCCGAUUGGACACAAUUCACAAAGCAUUUUUUGUGCCCAAUCAGGAGCCGGCAUCCGCUUGAAUUUUGGAAAUAGUUCGGUGAGAGUCGGUACCCAGGGGCUCUUUUGCCCGUACUUGAAAACUUUCGUCGCGCCCUUUCUCCCGACCCGACUGACUGCCCCUGGGUCUCCGAGGAUGGGAUGGAGUCAAUAAGAAUCCAAUUUCACUUGGCAAUAGAGGAUAUGGAGGAUCUAGAGUUUGAAAGAACCCAAAUUCAUUUGUUCAGGAGACAGGUUUGCUGACUGCCGUCGUCGUUGUGGUUGCAUAAUUUUAACAGUUCGUACUACUGAUAGCACAGAAGACAACAGGGGCACCCAACGAGAAUAUGGUUCAAAACAUUGUAAAACGUAUUUCAGUAUUUAAACGGUAGAUAAAGGCAUAUUUUUAUCCCCUAAACAUUUUUUAUCUGUUCGGAUUUCCUAGCUGAAAGUCGGGUGAUUCGAAAAUUAUAGCGAUCAAGACGUACCUUUUCGAAAAUUUCAGCCAGAAAAAAGGCUCCCGAAAAUUCUAGGUGACCUUUUAAGGGUAAGAAUCCAUUAAAAAUGGGCAAUUAUACCAUUUUUUAGACGUUCGAAAAUCCUAGGAGAGGCAGGCAAGCUAGAAAUUUUACGAAAAUGUUCCGAAAAUUCUAGAUCUCAAAUCGUCUUCCGAACAGAUAUUUUCCAAAAAUUGACGCUGGGUGCCCCUUAGACAACGCGAUCUUCGUCCACCCUAUCUUUGUGGCAAUUAGUUAAAAACGUAUUUAUGUGUUAAAUAGCGACCCAAUAGCCUGAAUUAAAUUAAGACUACGAAUAUUCUUUUAAUUAAUGAUCCUAAGUCUAACAGGUUAAAUUUCAAAUUGUUUUUACUUAACAGGUUAAAUUUCCAUUUGUUUUUACUUAAUUUUCAACUUUAAAUAUCGUUUUAAGUUAAGCUUCUUUCAAACCAGCUUAUAUUGGAACAAUGAGUAUUAUUAACCUUCAGAAAUCAAAAUAGAUUGCAAUAUCGUGUUGUUACUCUUUCCGGAAACACGUCAACGAUAUACGACUCUCAAAAACACGUUAUUCAUCGUGAUUUCAGCACGAACACUGCUCAUUCUAGAACGCUGUCGCGUUUGUUACUGAUGAGCCAUGGCUGAUAGCGACGGUUUCCCGCUCGCCAUAAUAGUCUUCCUUUGUAUAUUUUACAGCACUGUUUUCAUCUUGGCAAUUGUUGGUAAUACUUGGGUCAUAAGAAACUGUUACAAGACAAUCAGGAAGAAAAAAUAUCACACUUUUACGUGGUUUGUGGCAAAUUUAGCUUGUGCGGAUCUCGUAUUCAUAUUUCUUACAAUUUUCAACAUCAUUGGCUUUUUCUGGAAGUGGGUAGGCGGUGACAAUACUUGUAAACUUCAGGGAUUUGUCAUCGAGGCAACCUACACGACUUCCAUCAGUACCCUUGUGGUAAUUAGUUAUCAGAGACUAAGGGCCGUGGCUAACCCUUUGGAUUUCAAUGCAAGAAAUAAGGAUAUGUCACAGAAAAUAUACGCAACAUUGGCACUAAUCUGGAUCUUGUGCUUCGCUGUUUGUUCACCUUUGAUCUUCAUCUACCGCGUCGAAAUACGUGACAAAGGAAACAUUGUUUGCGUUAAUACAUCAUGGGGGAAUAAAGGCCGACAAAUAUACUAUAGUUUACACGGAGCUUUCUUCUUUGUUCUCCCGUUGUUAUAUAUGAUAGUAACGCAAACCCGUAUUUACCGCGCGCUUCGAGAUAGAGCAAUGCCAAGACAAAGCUCUUCCAGUGAAGCGUCAAAUCGAAAACACAAGAAAGUUGCCAAAACACUCGCAGCUUUAACUAUAGCUUUUGUUAUUUGCUGGUCUCCAUUCAUGAUCACACGAACACUAAUUUACUUUCACUUAGCUUCCCCCGAUCUCGUCUGGAGGGCAUCCCAACUUCUGAUAUGCCUAAAUGCUGCAUUAGAUCCGUUGCUUUAUGGGUACUUUGGUGGAAAUCUUAAGGUUGUAUUAAAAAGACUCCUG